GCCAAGUACAGACGUUAUCUUAUUCAAAACCGAUUGGAUGCAUAUGAAUUUGCACAAAUAAAUCAAAUACCUCCAAACCCAGUUAAUAUAAAAGAAGCAAUUGAUUAUUGUGCAUCGGCAUGGAAUGAAGUAGAUGAAACAAUUAGAAAUUGUUGGUAUAAGACUGAAAUUCUUCCAGUUGAAUUAGAUAAUAAUGACUUACCAUUAGAAGACUACGAUGAAUAUUAUAAUGAUCAAUUAGAUGUUCAUUAUUUAAUUGAACAGCUUUCUAUUAACGCUAAUAAUAUUUUAUCAGCAUCAGAAUAUAUAAAGAUCGAUAAUGAAUUACCUACAACUGAAAUUCCAUUAAAUCAAGAAAUCAUAGCUGCACUUCAGGAAGAUAAUGAAAAUGAUGAGAGUGAACCCCCAAUUCAAAUCUCACUUAAGACAGCAAUAGAAAGCUUGGAAAAUAUUAGAUUGUUUGUAGCUAAUCCACCAGAAAAUCUGUGUAUUGAAAAUGAAGAUUCAAAAGUUAUAAACUCGUUUAAAAAACGAAUUUCAAGCUUAAUUGUACAACAAAAAAAGCAGACAAGUCUGGAUUUAUUUUUCAAUAACGAAUAA